ACUUGAGGUUAUUUAUUUGGGAAGCGCCUGGACGGCGGAGGUUGGUGGUGACUGUGGCUGCGGCAGAAGGUGGUUAAAAAAAGGAGGAGGCGGCGGCAGCGAGUGAUGGGAGCGCCGAGGCUCCCAAGCGCAGGCCAGAGCUGCGGAGCUUUCCAGGCACGGCGGGAGUGCUGAAGAGAAAGGGGAGCGUCCGGGGACCGGCAGCCGGCUCCUGAGGCGCGGGCUGGGUUUUUGUUCAGCGGCGCUCAGCGCCUGGCAGCAGGAGCGAACUACUCGUAACAACAACAACCCACCUUUCAGCAGCUCAGCGAGACUUAGGCUGCUGCGUCUGUCCUAUUGUUUAGACACUUGCCAGGGGCUCCAGAGCGGCAGACCCCGCUCUCUGUCGCCGCCUUUCCUCUCCCUCACCUCCCUCCAGGGAGCGGGAGGCAGAGAAAGCAGCCGGGAGAGGGCAGGAGGCAGGAAGGAAGGACUGCCCUGGACUGUAGCCGCCGAGUCAGGUGCCGCAUCUGGAGCCGGGUGGUGUCUCCAACGUCGGCGAGAGGACUGCUACUGUGGAGGUGGGAGACGGUAUCCCAAACCUGGGAAAAGUUCCUGCACUUUGAGAAGGAGAACCCACUUGUGGGAGGCUGCCAAGGGGCGAGAGAGAAGCUGCGCCCGCUUGGAGCUGGCUGUUGUUUCUUCCACCUUUGCCAUCAGGUGUCUGCCACGGAGCUGCAGCGUAUCCGGGAGACGAGAGGGGCUGACACGCGCGCGCACACACAUUGCCAUUCAGCUAUCGCCUGGGCUCUACCUGGAGUAGCGGAUCCCACCCUCCCGCUGGCCACCUAGCUGUCCUCCAGACAAACUAGCAGGGCCCGGGUCGUGAACACCUUGGCCUUUGCCUUUCCCCUCCUUCCGGCCUGCCUUCUUGCAAGUCCUGCGCUAGUCAGUGCCUGUUUCGCCUUCUCUGGAGCUCUAGUGCUAAACUUGGCUUCUUGGAUUUCCUUUGCUGAGAUUUUGACUAGUGGAUAUUCCUGUCCCGCUGCAGCGGUCCUACUGCCCUUUUGUCUUUCUGUGUGACCUCAGGGCAGGCCCUGGUGCAGAGCGUCGCCAAGGACGCCGGGCGGGAGGCGGGAUUGCCGAGGAGACAUCCUUCAGCAAAGUACAUGUGUGUUUGCAAACCAUCCUUGGCUGUCGGGAGAUUGCGAGGACCGGUAGGGGCUACCGCUGAGCAGCAGGCUGGGGAGAGGCCGCGGGAGUGAACCGAGCCCUGCACCCUGCAGCGCCGCCCCCAGUCCCCUGGGCUGCACAAACGCCCGGUGCGCCCCCGCGCGCCAUGCCCAGUUGCUCGGCGCGCUCCGCUCCGGGCCCGAAGGGCUUCUGCGCCUUCUAGCUUCAAGGAGUCCACUUUGAUCAAGACCACCAUUACUACUGAGCGCCCCUCUUCCUCCUCGCACUUCUCCUAGCCCCACUGGAAUCGAAAUUGUAGAGCAGUGUGUGGGAUCUGAGUAUCAUCUCACUCUACCCCCUGGCAGCCGUCCUUUGCAUCUUCACAGUCCUAGGAAGUCUCAGCUCUUUUACCGCCAAGUGGUUUCUUCAGCGACAGAAAACGUGUGAUUUCCUCCCCCACUGCUCUUGGGGUCUCCUUGCAGCCUUGGCCAGGCCAUUGAUCUUCAGGUUCGAAAGUUGCCCACGGAGUUCCUGCCCUGCUACAAAAGGGUGUAGAGGGAAGGGGAAGGCGUGAGCCUGUUCCGGCUCUCCUGCCUUGAAUAUUAAUUAUUACUGUUCCAUAUUAUUUUGUGCACAUUUCCCCGGGCACUCUGGGUUGCUAAUCCCGCGCCAAGCACUGGGCCUCAGACACUGCACCGUUCCGUCGGAGCAGCGAGCUAAAGAGAAAUCCCCAACGCCGGCAAGCCAGGAGGCGGCGGGGGAAGAUGCGCGGCACUGGCUGGCAGACGCUGUCCCUGUCGCUGGGGUUAGUGUUGGCGGUCCUGAACAAGGUGGCGCCGCAGGCGUGCCCGGCGCAGUGCUCCUGCUCGGGCAGCACUGUGGACUGUCACGGGUUGGCACUGCGCAGUGUGCCCAGGAAUAUACCCCGCAACACAGAGAGACUGGAUUUGAAUGGAAAUAACAUCACACGGAUUACGAAGACAGAUUUUGUGGGCCUUAGACACUUAAGAGUUCUUCAGCUCAUGGAGAACAAGAUUACCACCAUUGAAAGGGGAGCAUUCCAGGAUCUUAAAGAACUAGAGAGACUGCGUUUAAACAGAAAUCACCUUCAACUGUUUCCUGAGUUGCUGUUUCUUGGGACCUCGAAGCUAUACAGGCUUGAUCUGAGUGAAAACCAAAUUCAGGCAAUUCCGAGGAAGGCUUUCCGUGGGGCAGUUGAUAUUAAAAAUUUGCAACUGGAUUACAACCAGAUCAGCUGUAUUGAAGAUGGGGCAUUCAGGGCUCUCCGGGACCUGGAAGUGCUCACUCUCAACAAUAACAACAUUACUAGGCUUUCUGUGGCAAGUUUCAACCAUAUGCCUAAACUUAGGACUUUCCGACUCCAUUCAAACAACCUGUACUGUGACUGCCACCUGGCCUGGCUUUCCGACUGGCUUCGCCAAAGGCCCCGGGUGGGCCUGUACACUCAGUGCAUGGGCCCUUCUCACCUGAGAGGCCAUAAUGUCGCAGAGGUUCAAAAACGAGAAUUUGUCUGCAGCGGUCAUCAGUCGUUCAUGGCUCCUUCCUGUAGUGUGUUGCACUGCCCGGCUGCUUGUACCUGUAGCAACAAUAUUGUAGACUGUCGCGGUAAAGGUCUCACUGAGAUCCCCACAAACCUGCCAGAGACUAUCACAGAAAUACGUUUGGAACAGAACUCAAUCAAGGUCAUUCCUCCUGGAGCAUUCUCACCAUAUAAAAAACUUAGAAGAAUUGACCUGAGCAAUAAUCAGAUCUCUGAACUUGCACCUGAUGCUUUCCAAGGACUGCGUUCUCUGAAUUCACUUGUUCUCUAUGGAAAUAAAAUCACAGAACUUCCCAAAAGUUUAUUUGAAGGACUAUUUUCCUUACAGCUACUAUUAUUGAAUGCCAACAAGAUAAACUGCCUUCGGGUAGAUGCUUUUCAGGAUCUCCACAACUUGAACCUUCUCUCCUUGUAUGACAACAAGCUUCAGACCAUCGCAAAGGGGACUUUCUCGCCUCUCCGGGCCAUUCAAACUAUGCAUUUGGCCCAGAACCCCUUUAUUUGUGACUGCCAUCUCAAGUGGCUGGCGGAUUAUCUCCAUACCAACCCGAUUGAGACCAGUGGUGCCCGCUGUACCAGCCCCCGCCGCCUGGCAAACAAAAGGAUUGGACAGAUCAAAAGCAAGAAAUUUCGUUGUUCAGCUAAAGAACAGUAUUUCAUUCCAGGUACGGAAGAUUAUCGAUCAAAAUUAAGCGGAGACUGCUUUGCAGACUUGGCUUGCCCUGAAAAGUGCCGCUGUGAAGGGACCACAGUAGAUUGCUCCAAUCAAAAACUCACCAAAAUCCCGGACCACAUUCCCCAGUACACUGCAGAGCUCCGUCUCAAUAAUAAUGAAUUCACAGUAUUGGAAGCCACAGGAAUCUUUAAGAAACUUCCUCAGUUACGUAAAAUCAACUUUAGCAACAAUAAGAUCACAGAUAUUGAGGAGGGAGCAUUCGAAGGAGCAUCUGGGGUAAAUGAAAUACUCCUCACCAGUAACCGUUUGGAGAGUGUUCGGCAUAAGAUGUUCAAGGGAUUGGAAAGUCUCAAAACUUUGAUGUUGAGAAGUAAUCGAAUAAGCUGUGUGGGGAAUGACAGUUUCAUAGGACUCAGUUCCGUGCGUUUGCUUUCUUUAUAUGACAAUCAGAUUACCACGAUUGCACCAGGGGCAUUCGACACUCUCCAUUCUUUAUCUACUCUAAACCUCUUGGCCAAUCCUUUUAACUGUAACUGCUACCUGGCUUGGUUGGGAGAGUGGCUCAGGAAGAAAAGAAUUGUAACUGGAAAUCCUCGGUGCCAGAAACCAUACUUCCUCAAAGAAAUCCCCAUCCAGGACGUGGCCAUUCAGGACUUCACUUGUGAUGAUGGAAAUGAUGACAACAGCUGUUCCCCACUCUCUCGCUGUCCUACGGAAUGUACUUGCUUGGAUACAGUGGUCCGAUGUAGCAACAAGGGCUUGAAGGUCUUGCCCAAAGGUAUUCCAAGAGAUGUCACAGAGUUAUAUCUGGAUGGGAAUCAAUUUACACUGGUUCCCAAGGAACUCUCUAACUACAAACAUUUAACACUUAUAGACUUAAGUAACAACAGAAUAAGCACCCUUUCCAAUCAAAGCUUCAGCAACAUGACCCAGCUUCUCACCCUAAUUCUCAGUUACAACCGUCUGAGAUGUAUUCCUUCACGAACCUUCGAUGGAUUGAAGUCUCUUAGAUUACUUUCUCUACAUGGAAAUGACAUUUCUGUUGUGCCUGAAGGUGCUUUCAAUGAUCUUUCAGCAUUAUCACACUUAGCAAUUGGAGCCAACCCUCUUUACUGUGAUUGUAACAUGCAGUGGCUCUCCGACUGGGUGAAGUCGGAGUAUAAGGAACCUGGAAUUGCUCGCUGUGCUGGUCCUGGAGAAAUGGCAGAUAAACUGUUACUCACAACUCCCUCCAAAAAAUUUACAUGUCAAGGCCCUGUCGAUGUCAACAUUCUAGCUAAGUGUAAUCCCUGCUUAUCAAAUCCCUGUAAAAAUGAUGGCACCUGUAACAAUGAUCCAGUUGACUUUUAUCGAUGUACCUGCCCCUAUGGCUUCAAGGGGCAGGAUUGCGAUGUCCCAAUUCAUGCAUGCAUCAGUAACCCAUGUAAACAUGGAGGAACUUGCCAUUUGAAAGAAGGGGGAAAAGAUGGAUUCUGGUGUAUCUGUGCUGAUGGUUUUGAAGGAGAAAAUUGUGAAGUCAAUGUUGAUGAUUGUGAAGACAAUGACUGUGAAAAUAAUUCUACAUGUGUUGAUGGGAUCAAUAACUACACAUGCCUUUGCCCACCUGAGUACACAGGCGAGUUGUGUGAGGAGAAGCUGGACUUCUGUGCCCAGGACCUGAACCCAUGCCAGCAUGACUCCAAGUGCAUCCUGACGCCAAGGGGGUUCAAGUGUGAUUGCACACCAGGAUACAUUGGUGAACACUGUGACACUGACUUUGAUGACUGCCAAGAUAACAAGUGUAAGAAUGGUGCCCACUGCACAGAUGCAGUGAAUGGUUAUACGUGCAUCUGCCCAGAAGGUUACAGUGGCUUGUUCUGUGAGUUUUCUCCACCCAUGGUCCUCCCUCGUACCAGCCCCUGCGAUAAUUUUGAUUGUCAGAAUGGAGCUCAGUGCAUCAUCAGGAUAAAUGAGCCAAUAUGUCAGUGUUUACCUGGAUACCAGGGAGAGAAGUGUGAAAAAUUGGUCAGUGUAAAUUUUGUAAACAAAGAGUCCUAUCUUCAGAUUCCUUCAGCCAAGGUCCGACCUCAGACAAACAUCACACUUCAGAUCGCCACAGAUGAGGACAGCGGCAUCCUCCUGUACAAGGGGGACAAAGACCAUAUUGCUGUGGAGCUCUACCGAGGGCGAGUUCGUGCCAGCUACGACACCGGCUCUCAUCCGGCUUCUGCCAUUUACAGCGUGGAGACGAUCAAUGAUGGAAACUUUCACAUCGUGGAACUGCUUGCACUGGAUCAGAGUCUUUCCCUCUCCGUCGAUGGGGGAAGCCCCAAAAUCAUCACCAACUUGUCAAAACAGUCUACUCUGAAUUUUGACUCUCCACUCUACGUAGGAGGCAUGCCAGGGAAGAACAAUGUGGCAUCUCUGCGCCAAGCCCCUGGGCAGAAUGGCACCAGCUUCCAUGGCUGCAUCCGGAACCUCUACAUCAACAGUGAGCUGCAGGACUUCCGGAAAGUGCCCAUGCAGACAGGCAUUCUGCCGGGCUGUGAACCGUGCCACAAGAAGGUGUGUGCCCAUGGCAGGUGCCAGCCCAGCAGCCCAUCAGGCUUCACGUGCGAGUGUGAGGAAGGAUGGAUGGGCCCCCUCUGUGACCAGCGGACCAAUGACCCCUGUCUUGGAAAUAAAUGCCUACAUGGCACGUGCUUGCCCAUCAAUGCCUUCUCCUACAGCUGUAAGUGCCUGGAGGGCCACGGAGGUGUCCUCUGUGAUGAAGAAGAGGAUCUUUUCAAUCCCUGCCAGACGGUCAAGUGCAAGCAUGGGAAGUGCAGGCUCUCGGGACUCGGACAGCCCUACUGUGAAUGCAGCAGUGGAUACACUGGGGACAGCUGCGACCGAGAAAUCUCUUGUCGAGGGGAACGGAUAAGAGAUUAUUACCAAAAGCAGCAGGGCUACGCAGCCUGCCAAACCACCAAGAAGGUCUCACGCCUGGAAUGUAAAGGCGGGUGUGCAGGGGCCCAGUGCUGUGGGCCUCUGAGGAGCAAGCGGCGGAAAUACUCUUUCGAAUGCACGGACGGGUCCUCCUUUGUGGAUGAGGUUGAGAAGGUGGUAAAGUGUGGCUGCACGCGGUGUGCGUCCUAGGCGUGGUCCCAGCACCUUCCACCUCUGACACAGGUUGUCUACUUCUUGACCGUGUUGGACUAAUUUAUGCUUCAUAGUGGAAAUAUUUGAAAUAUAUUGUAAAAUACAGAACGGACUUAUUUUUAUUAUGAGAAUAAAGACUUUUUUUCUGCAUUUGAAAAAAAAUAAUAAUAAUAAAAUAAAAGACUUGCUUAAACUAAAGCUUCCCCUACACUGGAGAAGUGUGAAGAAAGUUAUACGUGAUGGCAUUACAGCAACCGUGGGAACGGUUGCAACACAGAUCUGUCUUUGCAACAAGCUGAAGACUCGAAGAAGCACAUAGAGACUGAGGAGCUACUGUGCACCGACCUGUACUUGCCCAGAGCAUAAAAUGUCUGUCCCACCUUCACAUCAAGCACAAGUGUGUGAGUGAGACUGCCAGGCAGGGGGUGGAAUUCCAGAAUUUACAGAUAGAGCAAGCUGAUAAGAAAUAUUUUGUGCAAAAUAUAAAGUAUCCUGAAGAUCUGGGUUCCAUUCACGAAAGGACUGGGAGUGAAGUGCUGACUCACCCUACCUUCUUUCUAAAUGUCCGCAGAAGCAGCACACAAAAGUGUUCAUCUACCAUUUUCCAGUAUUAAUUUUUGUAAUAUAAAUGAUAAAGGAGAUGAUAAAGAACCAAUAGAUUAUUGAUAAAUAAAUUAGUAAUAAUAUGAAUUUUUGUUUCUAUGACUUCUAAACAGCCCUAUACAGUAUUCAGUUUCAAUGAGGAAUAUUUAUUGUAUCAAAGUACAUUGUACUUAACGUUUUAGGCCAUUCUUUUGCUGUUUCUUGAUGCUUUAAUAUAUAUUAAUUUAUAAUUAUCCUGAUUUUUUUGUACAUUUUUCAAACUUAAAUAUCAGGAUUUUUUUUUUAUUUUUUGGCAAUAGUACUAACAUAGGUUUAUCUUGGGAUAAAUAUGUGUUGGUUUGUUGAUUGACCUGAACAUCCGACCACUGGUGUCACAGACCUACUGGCCUCAUUUAGGACAGCUGCAAAGAGCAUGCAGAGUAAGAGUAGGAAAAUGACAUCUGUGUGAGACAGUCAUCAUAUAGAAAGAAGUGGCCCCUCUACACGUCUUUACAGAAGAAAAAUGGUGUGUAGCAAUUGACACUAGAAAGUAGACCUUUUACAAAUUAAUAUCUCCUUGACAUUUUUUUGCCCUUUUAUUGAUUGGUGGGGAGGGAAACUGUCAUGUCAAAAACUGUAAUUUUUUUCCAAAAAUAAAACUCCUUAAUUACCUUCAUGUUCCCAUGUUAACAUAUUUGCUGCUAAAUUACAUUGUAGAAUUGAUGAGGAUCUAUAGUGGACUCUGCUUUUCCCUCACUAAAAUCCCAGGGUGCCCUGUAAUGAUGCAGAUGUUUCUCCCCCAACCCCCCAAAAAAAUCUUUUUUAAAAAAGAAAAUUAGAUGUACAUGUAUAAUUCAGUGUGCUUUGUCUUUCUCCAGACUAAUAUCAGUUACACUACUGAUGUUUGUAAAUUAAACAGAUAUUUACUUCAUUAA